GAUAUGUAUAUCGUACCAAAGCAAACCGGAAACAAUGUUGAUCCGGUCUUUGAUCUUAUAAUAUUUUUCAUGUUAGACGGGAGUUCUCAUAAGUUCGGUAUGCUUGCACAUCCCUAAAUUUAGGUGUUGUUCGCUAAUGGGAUUUGGAUGUUUUUGGACAAAGCCAUUGGUAUGCAAAUCUAUGGAUCCCACGUAUUUGUAAAUACAACAUUUCAUUUGGUAUUUGGUUAUGCAAGGCAAAAUUUUGAGACCCAAAUACCAAAUCAACUAAAUCCACGAUAAAAAAUUCACUAAACAAACAAUGUUAUCUUUCAAAUACAAAAUGCAACAAAUUCAUCGUAAAUUCAAAACUUUUCAAAAUUCAAAAUCUUCAUUUUCAAAUCCAACAAGCAAACCGACUCUUAAUCAAUAAAUAAAAAUCUAUUGAUACCUCUGUGGGCCGCAGAAGAGAGGAUAUUGAAUAUAAUACAAAGCCCAAGCCCAACCCUUUUCGAUGUCGGUCUUUUCUGCGGAUGCGGAGAAAUAGGGACAACAUUACCGCUCUAGCAGCGCCAUUGCUGUAACUUAGCUUAGUCCACUUUUGCUGCUCUCUCGUCUCGAUUAGGUUUACGUUAUCUUCCGUCUACCGCAGUUGAAACUUGAUCGGAAUCUGUUGGCUAUUUGACAUCGGAAGUAGGGCGUUGAAUCUUCGAAGCUCAAGCAACCAUGGCUCGUAACGAAGAGAAAGCGCAGUCCAUGCUGAAUCGUUUCAUAACCCUAAAAGAGCAAGAGAAGAAGAAGCCCAAGGAGCGCCGCCCGUUCCUCGCCUCCGAAUGUCGGGAUCUCGCCGAAGCCGACAAGUGGCGGCAGCAGAUCAUGCGAGAAAUUGGCCGUAAGGUCGCCGAGAUCCAGAACGAAGGCCUCGGCGAGCAUCUGCUGCGGGACCUGAACGACGAGAUCAACAAGCUCAUACGGGAGAAGUCGCACUGGGAGCGGCGUAUCGUCGAUCUCGGCGGCGCUAAUUAUGCCAAACACUCGGCCAAAAUGACCGACUUGGACGGGAACAUUGUAGACGUUCCCAAUCCCAGCGGCCGUGGACCUGGGUACCGGUACUUCGGCGCGGCGAAGAAGCUUCCCGGAGUGAAGGAGCUGUUUGAGAAACCGCCGGAGCUCAGGAAGCGGCGGACGAGGUACGAUAUCUACAAGAGAAUUGACUCGAGUUACUACGGGUAUAGAGAUGAGGAAGAUGGGGUUCUGAAGAAAGUAGAGAAGCCGGCUGAAGAGAAGAUGAGAUUAAGGGCGGUUGAAGAGUGGCGGAGGAUGGAGGAGAUUAGGAAGGAGGCGAGGAGAGGAGCGACGGAGGUUGUGAGCGUUGGAGUUGGGGCGGCAGCUCAGGAGGUCUUGUUUGAAGAAGAGGAAGAUGUGGUGGAGGAGGAAAGGUUGAAAGAGAAGGAAGAGAGGGAGAAGAUGGAUAAGCAAAAAGAGUUUGUGGUUCAUGUGCCGCUGCCUGAUGAAAAGGAGAUUGAGAAGAUGGUGCUGGAGAAGAAGAAGAAGGAUCUCUUGAGUAAAUAUGCCAGUGAUACGUUGAUGGAGGAGCAGAGUGAGGCCAAGUCCAUGCUCAAUAUUAAGCGCUAGGCGUAACGGUAUGCGGGUUGCAAAUUAGUUCUCAGAGGCUAGACGUUUUCCCUUUCUGUAGUUCCUUUUUUGAAUGUUAUGCUUUUUAAUGGCUAUUGAUGUGAAAUGAAUGAAACUAUCAACCUUUUGCAAUUUUGGGGGUACCAUAUCAUAUACUGGUACACGAAUGAAUGGCCUAAGAAGCAUGAGCUUUAAUUGUUGCUGCUCCAUUAAUUAUAGGCUGUGCUGCUUUGAGUUGAAACUUCAGCUUUGUUGUCACAUCUUGAUAGUUUCUGGAAAGUAAAGAGGGGCUUGUCAUUCUGGCUGCCGCUGGUUUGAAACUUUCUAGUCAACAAAUCAGAGGAGAGUUUAUUGUGCUUGGUAUUAUGAUGCUUGUGUGGACACCCAUCCUCUAUGCUUAAGUAAUCGAGAAUUUUUUCUUAUUUGCUUUAUCGUUGUAGGUGAUUCUCACAGAGUCACAGUCUGAUCUUAGAAUUGACAUGUACUAUUAGUGAACUUUAGUUUGCAAUUGUAUCAUUAUAGUGAAAGAGGUAGGUUCAGUAUGUUUUUGUUGCCUUGGAGACUAGGACCCUCACUAAGAUGUUUGUUCGUGCUUAUUUAUAAGAGCUGCGUCUUAACUGGUUCAGAUGCUGACCAGGGUGUAAAUUGAUAAAUCAUUUCUGCAAACCUGUUGCUUGCUAGGGAUCAUGACUCGUUGUUUCCAAUCGAAAAGGGCUUUGGUACCUUCGUUUCCUUUCGUUACCUAGUCGGCUUUUGUGGCUGAAAAUUAUUGUGUUUUAUGCUCUACUUGUCUAUUUAAUUGAGCAAAAUCUGCUGCUACCUUCUGUGUUGUGUGAAAUAAUAGUCUGUCCAUGGUUAUGUUGGUGUCUGGUUGCUUGGAAUCGAGACUUUAUUACUUAGAGCGGUCUGAAUAACAAAUGCCCAAUUAUCUUUUCAGCUAUUGAAGAAGCUAAGGGUUGAAAAAUCUGCAUACAACCCAAUUUCUCUACUGUUUUCUUCCAUUAGUCUACAGUUUGCUAACUUUGAUAGCAAGGGAAUGUUUUGCAGUGUUUGUGGAUUUUAAUGCGACUGUAAGGAGGUAGUGUAUCUGAAGACAAUUUAACAUUGUUUAAUAUUAAGGCCUGAGUGGAGAUACAGUGGAGCUGUAUAUUAUACAUGUCUGCAUUUGGCCAAUGAAUGGUGGCAGAUAUCUUAAUAUAUAUCCAUAAUAUAGGUUUCAUACCAGCAUUUGGUCAAGGAUGGGGAAGUUCUUCAUUUUUUGUUAGAACAAGCAGUGUCAAAACAGAAGUCAAUUGGAGGGGCAGUAUAAAUGUUUUACAUUGUG